CGUCAAGAAGCCCGGCGCGGGGUACAAAGUGAAUUGCGAAGGACACGAUCAGGUCAUUUUCCCAUCUUCAUUCAAUUCCACCAUCUCAUCACCAAGCCUUCUUGCCAAUAUCAACAUCAAGGUCUCAAUAUCCGCUCCACCUCGCUUCGCUAAAAGUCAAAAUGGGGUCUAUCAUGCCUGAAGAACAGCAGCCGCAGCAGCAGCAGCAAACAGUCAAGCCUACCUUUGCUGAUGAGGCAAACACUCUCGAAUAUGCGCAAUCCCUUGACGCGAAAGACCAUUUGCGAUCAUUCAGAGAAAAGUUCAUUAUCCCCUCCAAAACAAACAUCAGAACAAAGAAAGUCGUAAAGCCAGAAUCCGAAGACCCAUGUAUAUACUUCUGUGGUAACUCUCUCGGUCUCCAGCCGCGUGCUACGAGAGAACACCUCAGUACUUACCUAGAUACAUGGGCAACAAUCGGCGUCCACGGCCACUUCAGACCCCUCGAGAACUCGCCUAUGAUCCAAUGGCAACUCCUCGCCGACGACGUCUCCCGACAAUUCGCUCCCAUCGUAGGAGCUUCUCCUUCUGAAGUCGGCAUCAUGGCUAGUCUAACCGUGAACUUGCACUUGUUGAUGGCGAGUUUCUAUACCCCCACUGCAACCAAGAACAAGAUCAUCCUGGACUGGAAAGCCUUCCCAAGUGAUCACUUCGCCAUUGAAUCUCAAAUCAGACAACACGGAUAUAACCCCGAAGAGUCUAUGAUUCUAAUAGGACCUGAAGAGGGAACUUUUGAAAUCACAACCGAGAAAAUCUUAGCUGUGAUCGAUGAACAUGCCUCCACCACUGCACUCCUCCUCCUCCCAGGAAUCCAAUAUUACACUGGCCAGUUCUUCGACAUUAAGACCAUUACCGCCUACGCUCAGGCCAAGGGUCUCAUAGUUGGAUGGGAUCUCGCUCACGCAGUUGGAAACGUUCCACUUGAAUUGCAUGACUGGAACGUGGAUUUCGCUGUUUGGUGUACUUACAAGUACCUGAACUCCGGACCUGGUGGCGUUGGAGGAUUUUACGUCCACGAGAGACACGGUACAGUUGAUUAUUCUCAAGGCGAGAACAAGCCAGUGUACAGACAUCGUCUUGCUGGUUGGUAUGGUGGUGAUCAAGUCGGACGCAUGAACAUGCAAAACACCUUCCGCCCCAGCCCCGGCGCAAGCGGCUUCCAAGUCUCCACCAGCUCCACCGUAGAACUCGCCUCCCUCCUCGGCUCCCUCUCCGUCUUCUCCCAAACAACCAUGUCCUCCAUCCGCCUCAAAUCCGUCAAACUAACCGCCUACCUGGAAACCCUCCUCCACUCCAGCCCACACUACAAGCGCAGCUUCAGCAUCAUCACGCCAUUCAACCCCGACGCGAGAGGGACCCAAUUGAGCGUUUUGCUGGCUGAUGGGAGACUGGAUACCGUCUCGGAGAUGCUGGAAGAAGCGGGCAUUGUGGCGGAUAAGAGGAAGCCUGGGGUGAUUAGGAUUGCGCCUGUGCCGCUUUAUAAUACGUAUGAGGAGGUGUGGAGGUUUGUGGGGAUUUUUAAUGAGGCUUUGGGGAAGUUUGAGUAGGGAGGGAGGGUGGAUUUGGUCUUGAAGCGGCAUUGGCAAAAUAUGAUGAUAUGAUAUGACAUAGCAUAGCAUAGGUAUGGAGUUUGGGAAAUUUUAGGAAACAGUU